CGGCUCAGCCCCGGGAAGAUGGUGGCGGCGGCGGCGGCGACUGAGGCGAGCCCGAGCCUGAGGCGGAGGCUGCGGCCGGAGGCGGCGGCGGGCGGCGCGGGGAGGCCGGGGCCGGGGCCGGGGUCCGGGCUGCGGCUGCUCCCGCUGCCGCUCCCGCUGCUGCUGCUGCUGCUGCUGCCGCUGCCCCGGGCGGCCGAGUCGGCUGCGGCCGCGGCGAUCGUGGCGGGCUCCGCCGCCAGCGAGGCCAAGGAGUGCGACCGGCCGUGUGUCAACGGCGGCCGCUGCCACCCGGGCACCGGCCAGUGCGUGUGCCCCGCCGGCUGGGUGGGCGAGCAGUGCCAGCACUGCGGGGGCCGCUUCAGAUUAACUGGAUCUUCUGGGUUUGUAACAGAUGGACCUGGAAAUUACAAAUAUAAAACUAAGUGCACAUGGCUCAUUGAAGGACAGCCAAAUAGAAUAAUGAGACUGCGCUUCAAUCAUUUUGCUACAGAAUGUAGUUGGGACCAUUUAUACGUCUAUGAUGGGGACUCCAUUUAUGCGCCCCUAAUUGCCGCCUUUAGUGGCCUCAUCAUUCCCGAGAGAGAUGGCAGUGACACCGUCCCUGAGGUGGUUGCCACGUCAGGCUAUGCCCUGCUGCAUUUCUUCAGUGAUGCUGCUUAUAAUCUGACUGGAUUUAAUAUCACUUACAAUUUUGACAUGUGUCCAAAUAAUUGCUCAGGCCGAGGAGAAUGUAAGCUCAACAACAUCAGCAACACGGCGCAAUGUGAAUGUUCUGAACACUGGAAAGGUGAAGCGUGUGACAUUCCCCACUGUGUCAAUAACUGCAGCUUUCCUCGUGGAGGCAUCUGCAGUCCAAAUACUGCCAGAGGAUGCGCCUGCUUAGCACAAUGGCAGGGUCCUGGAUGUUCAGUUCCUGUGCCAGCUAACCAGUCUUUUUGGACUCGAGAGGAAUAUUCUCACCCAAAGUUCCCCAGAGCCUCUCAUAAGGCUGUGGUCAAUGGAAAUAUAAUGUGGGUUGUUGGAGGGUACAUGUUCAACCACUCAGAUUACAACAUGGUUCUCGCGUAUGAUCUUUCUUCUAAGGAGUGGCUUAAGCUGAACAAGUCUGUGAACAAUGUGGUGGUUAGAUAUGGUCAUUCCUUAGCAUUACACAAGGAUAAAAUUUACAUGUAUGGAGGAAAAAUUGAUUCAACAGGGAAUGUGACCAAUGAGUUGAGAGUGUUUCAUAUUCAUAAUGAGUCCUGGGUGCUGCUGACCCCCAAAGCCAAGGAACAGUAUGCAGUGGUUGGGCACUCAGCCCAUAUUGUCACCUUGAACACGAGCCGAGUGGUCAUGCUGGUCAUCUUUGGUCACUGUCCCCUCUACGGGUACAUAAGCAAUGUGCAGGAAUAUGACUUGGGUAAGAACACAUGGAGCAUAUUACACACCCAGGGUGCCCUUGUCCAAGGAGGCUAUGGCCACAGUAGUGUUUACGACCGCAACACCAGGGCCAUCUACGUCCAUGGGGGCUACAAGGCUUUCAGUGCCAAUAAAUACCGGCUUGCAGAUGAUCUCUACAGAUAUGAUGUGGACACUCAGAUGUGGACCAUUCUUAAGGACAGCCGAUUUUUCCGUUACUUGCACACAGCUGUGUUGGUGAGUGGCACCAUGCUGGUGUUUGGAGGAAACACGCACAAUGACACAUCCAUGAGCCACGGUGCCAAAUGCUUCUCAUCAGAUUUCAUGGCUUAUGACAUUGCUUGUGACCGCUGGUCCGUGCUCCCCAGACCUGAUCUCCAUCAGGAUAUCAACAGAUUUGGCCAUUCAGCAGUCUUACACAACAGCACCAUGUAUGUAUUUGGUGGCUUCAAUAGUCUUCUCCUCAGUGACGUCCUGUUCUUCACCUCAGAGAGGUGUGAAGCACGCCGGAGUGAAGCUGCAUGUAUGGCCGCAGGCCCUGGCAUUCGUUGUGUGUGGGACCCGGCUCCGUCUCAGUGCAUCUCUUGGGAGCUGGCAACGAACGAGCAACAGGAGAAGUUAAAAUCAGAAUGUGUUUCCAAAAGAACAAUUGACCAUGAUAGAUGUGACCAGCACACGGAUUGUUACAGCUGCACAGCCAACACUAAUGACUGCCACUGGUGCCCCGACCACUGUGUGCCCCUGAACCACAGCUGCACAGAAAACCAGAUCUCCAUUGCCAGGUAUGAGAAUUGUCCCAAGGAUAACCCUAUGUAUUUCUGUAACAAGAAGACCAGCUGUCGGAGCUGUGCCCUGGACCAGAACUGUCAGUGGGAGCCUCGGAAUCAGGAGUGCAUCGCCUUGCCUGAAAAUAUCUGUGGCAUUGGAUGGCAUUUGGUUGGAAACUCAUGUUUGAAAAUCACUACUGCUAAGGAGAACUAUGACAAUGCUAAGUUGUCCUGUAGGAGCCACAAUGCUUUUCUGGCUUCUCUUACAACCCAAAAGAAGGUAGAAUUUGUCCUUAAGCAGCUGCGGUCAAUGCAGUCCUCACAGAGCAUGUCCAAGCUCACCCUGACCCCAUGGGUUGGCCUUCGGAAGAUCAACGUGUCUUACUGGUGCUGGGAAGACAUGUCCCCAUUUACAAACAGCCUGCUACAGUGGAUGCCUUCGGAGCCCAGCGAUGCAGGCUUCUGUGGAAUCUUGUCAGAGCCCAGUGUGCGGGGUUUGAAGGCUGCAACCUGUAUCAACCCCCUCAACGGCAGUGUCUGCGAAAGGCCAGCGAACCACAGUGCCAAGCAGUGCCGGACCCCGUGCGCCCUGCGGACGGCCUGCGGGGAGUGCACCAGCGGCAGCUCGGAGUGCAUGUGGUGCAGCAACAUGAAGCAGUGUGUGGACUCCAAUGCCUAUGUGGCCUCCUUCCCCUACGGCCAGUGCAUGGAGUGGUAUACCCUGAGCAGCUGCCCCCCUGAAAAUUGUUCAGGGUACUACACAUGUAGUCACUGCUUGGAGCAGCCAGGUUGUGGUUGGUGCACCGACCCCAGCAACACUGGCAAAGGGAAGUGCAUAGAAGGUUCCUCUAAAGGGCCUGUGAAGGUGCCCUCACAAGCCCCUACAGGCAACCACUACCCACAGCCCCUUCUCAACUCCAGCAUGUGUCUGGAAGACAGCAGAUACAACUGGUCUUUCAUUCAGUGUCCAGCUUGUCAAUGCAAUGGCCACAGCAAAUGUAUCAACCAGAGUAUCUGCGAGAAGUGUGAGAACUUGACCACAGGCAGGCACUGUGAGACCUGCAUCUCCGGCUUCUACGGGGACCCCACCAAUGGAGGAAGAUGUCAACCAUGCAGGUGCAAUGGGCAUGCGUCGCUCUGCAAUACCAACUCGGGCAAGUGCUUCUGCACCACCAAGGGCGUCAAGGGCGACGAGUGCCAGCUAUGUGAAGUAGAGAAUCGGUACCAGGGGAACCCUCUUAAAGGCACCUGCUAUUAUACUCUUCUUAUCGACUAUCAGUUCACCUUUAGCCUGUCCCAGGAAGACGACCGUUACUACACAGCCAUCAAUUUUGUGGCUACACCUGACGAACAAAACAGGGAUUUGGACAUGUUCAUCAAUGCCUCCAAAAACUUCAACCUCAACAUCACUUGGGCUGCCAGCUUCUCAGCUGGGACUCAAGCUGGAGAAGAAAUGCCUGUUGUUUCUAAAACUAACAUUAAGGAGUACAAAGAUAGCUUCUCUAACGAGAAGUUUGAUUUUCGCAAUCAUCCGAAUAUCACAUUCUUUGUUUACGUCAGUAAUUUCACCUGGCCUAUCAAAAUUCAGAUUGCCUUCUCCCAGCACAGCAAUUUUAUGGACCUGGUACAGUUCUUCGUGACAUUCUUCAGGGAUCGAACCCAGGGCCUCACACAUGCAAGUUGCUUCCUGUCUCUGCUCCUGGUGGCAGCUGUGGUUUGGAAGAUCAAGCAGAGCUGUUGGGCCUCGAGACGUCGAGAGCAACUUCUUCGGGAGAUGCAGCAGAUGGCCAGUCGUCCCUUUGCCUCUGUAAAUGUUGCCUUGGAGACAGAUGAAGAGCCUCCGGAUCUGAUUGGGGGGAGUAUAAAGACGGUUCCGAAACCCAUUGCCCUGGAGCCCUGUUUUGGCAACAAAGCAGCAGUCCUCUCAGUGUUUGUGAGGCUCCCCAGAGGCCUAGGGGGGAUCCCUCCGCCUGGCCAGUCAGGUCUCGCGGUGGCCAGUGCCCUAGUGGACAUUUCUCAGCAGAUGCCCAUCGUGUACAAAGAGAAGUCUGGAGCCAUGCGCAACCGGAAGCAGCAGCCCCCAGCACAGCCUGGGACGUGUAUCUGAUGCAGGAGCCAGGGGCAGUCCCUGAGCAUGUGUGCGGAGCUGCUGCAGCAGGGAAGGACGCAGGCAGGGAAGUCAGGCAAUGAAGACUGGAAACCCUCCACACACCCGUCAGUCCAUCUGUCUGUCCACCCACCCUGUCUGCAUGCUCACAAGCUCUCUUUGGUGACCGUUUCUCCCAUCCAUGCUCCAGCAUUGAACUUUUUUACUUUUGCAUAGGAAACCGUUAUUUUAGUUCUAGGCCCAGGGGUGAUCCAGUUGUGGCUGGCGGAGGCUGGUGUGGAGCCAGGGCAAGAGCUAGGAAGGCCAUCCAGCUUCCUGGGAUGCCUGUUCUCCACACUGUCUCCACUGUGCAAAAACAAACAAACAAACAAACAAGCUGCUGCGUUUACAAGCAGACUCUCAUCCUCAGUUGUUCUUGAACAUGGUCUCUUUUACCGAGUCAGGUGAAUUACUGGUUUUCAGCUGAAGCCUGCUAUCUUUUUAAAAGAUGUGCUGUUUAUUCUUGCACGGUUAGGCUGAUCUCUCUCUUCCAGGAAGUCACUUUUUUUCUAGCUGAGAAUUAAUAAUGGUCCAUCUCUUUUGAAUCAUACCAAACUAAGACAAAAGUGGGCUAUUGUAAAGGUCAAGGCUGGCAGUGUUACUUAGAAUGUAAACUGAUGUCCCAGGUAGUUUUCUAUAGUAACGAUUUAGUGUGGACCCAUUG